AAUCCAGAAAUCAUACUAGCACCAAGAAUAAGGAACUAUGAAGCUGCGCUUUAUCCUGAGAUAUUUAUAGAAGAAGUUUUAUUUAUGAAUACUGAGGGAUCUCAUGUAUGUAAAUCUGGUGAAAAAACCGGUACAACUUGCGGGGAAUUGACUGCAAUCGAUGGUGUGUCUACAAAUCAAGGUUUUAUACUUUACGGAGUCCUCAAAAUGCUGAUGUUUGCUGCUGGUGGCGAUAGCGGUGGUCCUGUAUUCCACUAUGUAGACUUUUCACGUCGUUAUUCAUUGCCUUAUGCAUUUGCAGUUGGUAUAGUGGUGCGUGCAAAAGUUAUUAGAGGCACUAGCAUAGCUGUACCAGCAAACAUAAUCAUGCAAUAUGGUAUUAGAUUUAUGGGUCGUUAUUGA